AAACUUAUAAAACAAAAUAAACUUUCUGUUUAAUCAGAUACGGAAAAAAUCUUUUGGAAUAGACAUGGUCGCGCAAGUGUUUUUAACAUUGCUUAUUACAUCGUUUGUAUUUGCAUCUCAAGUAGAUGUAAAUUUGGUUGUUCCAGAUGCCGAUAAUGUAAACGAGUUUUUAUCAGUUAAAUUGUCUAAAAUUGGAGAGAAUGGCAACAAAACUGGUGUUGAUGUUACGGUUGAAUUAAGGAUUCAUGUUAUUGAUGGUAAUGUUCACUUAAAUGGAAAUAAAAUGGAACAUAAUACUGUAAAUGCAGUACAUAUAAAGCUCACCAUAGUUGAACUUCAAAAUGGUAUUGCCAGUGACCCAAGAUUGGCACCUGUCCAUUUACGCGUUCUGGUAAUAGAAAGAGUCAAUAUGGAAGGAAGGAUAACAUUAUUUGUAGAAGAGGAAUUUAUUUCUAUUGAUAAUUUAAAAGUUGAGCAAGUUUAUGUGCAUCGUGUAGGGUGGGAAGAUAUGGUUAAAAGACCUACAGAACAAGUGCCUUUAGCAAACUCAGACAUUCAUCAAAAACCAAUGGAAAAUGAUAUGCAUAAAAAUUAUCUUGGAAUGCCACAAUAUCCAGAUGAACAUGGUUUUAAAUACGAAGAAAAUGCGAUGCUCAGUUCCUUUUUUUCAUAUCAUUGGUAUGAAUGCCAUGAAAAUUGCAUGCACUUUCACUGCAACAAAAGUAAACAUGAAAGCUAUCACCAUCAUGAAAAAAAUCAUCACAAUCAUGGUUUUUGGCAUAAAGUUAGCUGCUGGUACCGAUGUUUGAAUUUCAGAUCCAAAAUUGCAUUGUACUCUGUUUCUUUUUUGACAUUGAUUGCAAUAUCUUUAUGUUGCUGUAUGUGCAUAAGAAAGAGAAGAAUGGCUAAAGUUUUGCUUUUAACCCAGACACCAAUGAACAACUCUGUUGAAGUGAAAGAUGGUAAUAAAGACGAGAAGAAAAAUAGCGAUGAAAGUUUUGACUUUCAUUUUCAAUUUGAUCAUGAUGUUGUCGUGAGCGAUAAAGAAAAGUUAAUUGCUUAAGACCGUUUUAAAAUGCUUUUUUAUUUGUAAUAUUUUGUUUAGAUAUUAAGCACUAAUGUUUAUAUUUCUAUAAUAAAGUUUAAAGCGACAUAGUUGCGAGAAUUUUAGUGUUAAAGUAAAAACCAAAUUCGAUAAUUUUUUUCUUUUAUUGUAAGAUUAUGUAUAAAGUUUUUGUAUAUAUUAUUUGUAUUGACAAAAUAUUUGUGGAGUUUUAAUUUGUAUUAUUUGAGUUAUUUAUAAUUUAAAACACUCAUUCAACAUCUUGUAUGCGGAAAUAAAAUAUUUAUUUGUUUUUUAAAUUAUUGUAUUGAAGUUUAAUUGGGGUUUUAUUAUUUUUUUAUGCACUUUAUUACUUUCA